CGGUGCUACAGCAGUCAUGGCCACUACAACCAUGGUCACUUCUGCGCAGCAGACUUCCCAAGCCAGUAGUUCAGGUGUCGUCGGGUCAACGUCGCGCAAACCGUGAGUCAGUCCACUGGCGUUAUGACAAGCCAGGCCGCUGUGUUGACUCCAGAGGAUGUUGCCAUCCAACAGGCAGCCCUGCAGGAGGCACAGCUACAACGGGCAUUAGGAGAGAUAAAAGCGGAAAAGGAAAAGAUGAUCCGAAGAAGAGCCAUGAUGCAGCGGAGAGGGGUAGAUAUAGAGGAGUUAGAGACGAUGGACCUGAUGCAUAUGGAUGAUGAUGUGAAGGUAGUUAGGAGGGCCCUGCUAGGCGUAAUAGAGAUUCAGGAGCAUCAAACUACCAUCCUUCAGGACAUUCAACAGAGCCUAGCCGUUUUGGCAGAUCGCGCUCAAGCAGCACCAUCACCAGCCGGGCCUGGUGCCUGGCCCGUGCCAUAUCCUCCUUUUUUUGUCCCACCGGUGACAGGGGUAUCCCCAUACGUAGCCCCGUCAUCGGUUGCUAUCGUUUCCCUGGGCAUGCCGCUGUCAGGAGGGGUAACAGCAGGGAGUAGUUUGCAGGUUCCUGUCCAGACAGUGUUCACUCAAAGUCCGUCGCAGGUUGCAGUCACCACGCAGCCUGCUGUCUCGCAGCAUGUGCAGCCUCAGGGCACGCAGCCCCAGCAGCUAGCACAGCAACCUGUGUCACCGGGUCCACAGCCCGGAGUAAUGCAGGGACCGGGACAAACUCAGUGGGUUCCAAAGACGGCCAUCACCGCUCCCAAACCUUUUACAAGAGAUAAGAGGGGCGAAGACCUUGACACGUGGUUGAGGGCAGUGCCGGUCUACGUCAAGUGUAAACUCACCUUGCCGCACGAAGAAGUGCUUGUGGCUGCUUCCUACCUAGAGGGUAGUGCAGCAAGAUGGUUGAGUGGUUUGGUACAACUCCAGGGGUAUGGUCAUGACUUCCGCGCUUGGGCGGCCUCCCAAAAAUUGGAGGACUUCCUGAAGAUGGUGGAAGAAAGGUGGCAUGAUCCUCACGAGGCCCAAAGGGCCACUGAUGCGAUCCUAACAUUGCACACGCGGCAGUUUGAGUCAGUAAGGGAAGCCACCGACGUUGUUGAGCGUCUGAUCUGUGUCCCAGGGGUGCGCUAUGACCCCCAGAUCCUGCUGACUUCGUACUUGAGAUGCUUUUCUCAGCCUCUCAGGAACCAGUUGGCAAAAGAGGCCAAUAUCAAUAUGCACAACUUUCCUUCGUUCAGCAAGGUGGCCCUAGACCUUGAAGCUAAGAUAGGGCAUGGACAGGCACCCACUACGGAUGGGAGAAAGAAGACACUGCCUCCCAACUGGAAGGCGAAAGGUCGCAUCAUGUUUGUCGACAAUGAUGGUUCAACCAUCGAGUUGGACGGCAACUUCCAGGAGGGAGUAGGUUCAGAGGCGGGCAACGUAGAAGCUUCAGAGGGUGGAGUAGUCGCUGUCGUUGCUCAAAAAGGUGACGGAAAAGAUCCCGCCUACGAUGAGCUCCGCCGCCAACUCAAGGAACUCGUAGAGAAGGGUUGGAUCCGGCCGAGUGUCUCUCCUUAUGGGUCUCCAGUACUAUUCGUACCUAAGAAGAAGGAGGGUACACUUAGGAUGUGCAUUGACUAUAGCGGCCUCAAUGCCAUCACUGUAAAGAACCGAGAGCCCCUACCGCGCAUCGAUGAUCUGUUAGAUAGAGUGCAAGGGUAUCGGUACUUCAGUAAGAUAGAUUUGAAGUCUGGAUACCAUCAGAUUGCAAUCCGGCCCGAGGAUCAACACAAAACCGCCUUUGAGACCAAGUACGGUCUGUACGAGUUUGUGGUGAUGCCUUUCGGCCUUUGUAAUGCUCCUGGCACCUUUCAGCACGCUAUGAAUCGGAUAUUCCAUGACUACUUGGAUAAGUUUGUCAUCGUGUACCUCGAUGACAUACUUAUUUUUAGUAAGACUGUCGAGGAGCACGUUGCACAUUUGGACAAAGUCCUCAGUCUCCUGCGACAACACAAGUUCAAGAUCAACGAUGAGAAGUGCGAGUUUGGCUGCACCGGUGUCUUCUACUUAGGUCAUGAGAUCUCCGCGGAAGGGUUGAAGCCCGAUGACGCGAAGGUGGCCAGCAUUCGUGAUUGGCCACGUCCUCAGUCUGGGACUGAGAUGAGAUCUUUCUUAGGAAUGACAGACUACUAUAGGACUUUCGUUAAGAAUUAUAGCAUAGUGGCCGCUCCUUUGACUGAUUUGACCCGCCUUGACACCCCAUGGGAGUGGACAGACGAGUGCGAGGCUGCUUUCAAACAUCUGAAGCAUGUGUUGAUGCACUACGAGGCCUUGGAACUUCCUGAUCCUGACAAGUCGUUCAUAGUCACCACGGAUGCCAGCCAAUAUGGCAUUAGCGCCGUGCUCGAGGCCAAAAAGUUGGCCAAGUCCACCUAUGAGAAGGAACUCUACGCCGUGUACAAGGCUCUGACCCAUUGGAGACACUAUCUCCUUGGGAGAUUCUUCAUCCUCAGGACUGAUCAUCAGACCCUGAGAUGGAUGAGAACUCAGCCCGUACUUUCUGACGCUCUGAAGCAUUGGAUCGAAGUCAUUGAGCAGUAUGACUUCGACCCCCAGUAUCUCAAAGGGGAGUACAACAAGGUGGCUGAUGCCUUGUUGCGUAGACCUGACUUUUCAGGUGCGCUGAUUACCGAGUUCGACCUCACGGACGAUGUAACUCGCUCUUUGGUGGAUGCCUAUCGCAAGGAUCAGUUCAUGUCAGAAAUCAUACGCAGACUCGAGGCGAAGGACAAAAAGACCUCCGCCGAGUUUGAGUUGGUCAACGGUUUAUUGUUUCUUGAGAAGGUCGGGAAUAAACGGUUGUGCGUCCCAAAUAGAGAGUCUUUGCGUAGUUUAUUUUUAGGAGAGUGCCAUGAUGCCACCGACCAUUUUGGGUAUAAGAAGACCUCAGCCAACCUGCUGCAACGGUUCUGGUGGCCCACGAUAAUGCGAGAUGCUCAAUUGUAUGUGGAGACUUGUCAAGUGUGUCAACGAGACAAGCCAUGUACUCAGGCUCCUCUUGGGCUUUUGAAGCCCCUUCCAAUUCCGGAACGGCCUGGUAAGAGUCUGUCCAUGGAUUUCAUGGAUACUCCGAUCACCAGCAAGAGUGGGAUGUGUCACAUCUUCGUCAUCGUGGAUAGAUUUAGUAAGUAUGCUAGGUUAGUAGCCAUGCCGGAAACAGCAAAGACAGAGUACGUGAUCCGAAUGUUCAAAGAAAACUGGGUUAGAGACUUUGGUUUACCCAAGUCUAUUGUCAGUGACAGGGAUGUCAGGUUUACCAGCGAGUUGUGGAAGGCCGCUGCUGCAGAGCAGAGCACUCAGUUGCAAAUGACUUCUGGGAAUCACCCAGAGGCCAACGGCCAGGCCGAGCAACUGAACCACAUUGUACAACACCUGUUGAGGCAUUACAUCAAGCCCAACCAGGUGGACUGGGAUGAGAAGCUUGCUCUCAUCGCCAGUCUGUAUAACAAUGCGGUACAUAAUCCGGAUGGGCCAUCUUACGUUAUCCGGAUUCCUGGUCAUCUCCAUACUUACCCUGUUUUUCACGCCUCCAAGCUGGCACCUUUCAAAGAGACUGACCAGUUUCCAUCUCGUCGCUCAAUGCUGCCCCCAACCAUGGACGGAGAGGUGGACAUUGAUGAUAUUGUGGAUCACAAAGAGUUGCCGGUAUCAAGACCAGCAGGCAGGGGACGUCCUCCAAAACCGAAGCUGCAGUACCACAUUCGGUUCCGGCAUCACACUGAUCCGAAGGAGGACCGCUGGUUCACCAGGGAAGAGCUCAUGUAGACCGCUCAAGUUGUAACUCAAUAUGAGAGAUCUCUGCAGAAGGGAAAGCGCCCUAUGAUCGAAGAUUGAGCUUCUCAGA